AACUCCUCAGAGCGUAUAGGCCACAUAUAUCAGACAGUCCGGAUUUUUCCCUCCAGUUGCUCUCUCUGUCUUUCUCUUCUCUGUCACUCCACUGGAUAGUUGCUCAGGAUCCAGGCAGAGAACGAUGUCACAGUAUUCAGGGAAGAUAGUGUUCUACGAGGGGAAGUGCUUCACAGGCCAGAGGCUGGAGGUGUUUGGAGACUGUGAAAACUUCCAGGACCGUGGUUUCAUGAACAGGGUGAACUCCAUCCGCGUGGAGAGCGGGGCCUGGGUGUGUUUCGAUCAUCCCGAUUUCAAGGGACAGCAGUACAUCCUGGAAAAAGGAGAGUAUCCCGACUUCCAACGCUGGAACGCCCACAAUGAUCACAUGGGCUCCUGCAAGCCAAUCAAAAUGCACGGGGAGCACUACAGGAUGGAGCUUUAUGAGGGUCAGAACUUCACCGGUCAGUCUGUUGAACUGUGUGACGACUGUGCCUUCCUCCAGAGCACCGGAUUCAGCAAGAACUGCCUCAACUCCAUUAAAGUCUACGGAGACGGAGCCUGGGUGAUGUACGAGGAGCCGGACUAUCGUGGCCGCAUGUACAUUGUGGAAAGAGGAAACUACUGCUCAUUUAUGGAUUGGCAAGCUGAGAAUCCCAACAUCCAGUCUAUCCGCAGGGUGGUUAACUAUUUCUAAACUGUUACAUCCCAAAACAGCCUCGCUUACAAAGGAAAAUCAAUGUUUUAAAGUAUACUUACCCCAAAUAAUAAAUCAAAUGAACCUAAACUUUGAUGUACAUUACUGAAUCACACAGCUAUGUGCUUUUUAUCUUCAUGGAAUUUCAUUGAUGAAUCAGUUAUUUGAAAAGAAAAUGUAAUUAGUACAGACAUAUUCUUGUUUGUUUUAUUUUGUAUUUGUGCUGAGGCAGUGAGUUGAAAUAAAAGUGAAUUGUGAAAAA